UUGAGGGAAGAUUGCCCGAUGUCUGUGUGUGUAGUUCGCGUCUGCACUUUGAACGGAGAGAUUUGCAAAGGCCUCCGCUGCAGUAGACGAUGCCGCAUGUUAAUGGUAGCGGCGGGGACGACUUAGCGUCGUCCGACGAAGUGAAAGUGUAUAAAGACGAGGGCGAAGAGGAGAAGCGAUCGUCGGAAAACCUCACCGAGGAGAAGUCAAGCCUGGUCACAGAGACCGAGGAUAAAUCGACGGAACGGCGGGAAGAUGAUGGCCGCAGACGCGUGGAGAACGGCAAGCCGCCAGACAUCAGUCCUCACGAGGGGCCUGGGUUCUACGUUGUCGCACCCUACCCGCACCCAAAUGGCCUUGGAAUGGGAAUG